GCUACCAUCCUCAGAAGCCGUUGACGGCUCUAAUAGUGACGGAUCGACCCCCCGCAAUAUUAUUUUAUUUUUCCUUUUUCAUUUGUUUUGUGGAAAAAAGAAAAAGGAGUACAAGUAAGCCUCACUGCACACAUCCGUCCUCAGCAAUCCGCAUCAGAUCUCUUCAACACAUAAUCCUGUUUUGAGCUUUUGUAAGAGCUUGUGCUAACGGUAGCUAGUACACGAUUAUUGCUAAUAACUCAACGAUACAACCUCGAGACAAGUCGGGACAAGACCAGUCUCAGGACUCACCAUACUCAAUGAGCGUACAGCGCAAUGUCAGAGCGCUCUGGGCAAACGGCAAAGGGGAAGGAUGGCAAAACCAAGUAUGCGUCUCUCAACCUGUUUGAUACCUACAAAGGAAAGAGCCUUGAAGCACAGAAGCCUGUUGUUGCCCCUCGUCAUGGCUUACAGUCUCUUGGUAAAGUUGCCUCUGCACGGCGCAUGCCCCCCCCUGCCAACUUGCCUAGUUUGAAGGCGGAGAACAAAGGCAACGACCCCAACGUCUCGCUCGUUCCCAAAGACGGCACAGGAUGGGCAAGCAAGCAGGAACAAGCAGACCCAAAGAGUACCGAUGUAUUGUCAGCAGCGCAGCCGGAGUCGCAGCAGCCUGUGGUCUCACAGACGUCUGCGCCGAGCGUGCCGAGAACACCCCCAGCUCAAGAGGCCCCAACUCAAGCUCUAGCCGCAGGGCCAAGGUCCUGGGCUCCGGCCAGUGUUACACAUGGAGUACAAGGAGAUGGUGGAAAGGGAUCAAACCAACCGUCGCCAUUCUCUCGCGAGGAAUUUCCCACCCUGCAGGCGGCUGGAGACCAGGACAAAGUUGGCAAAGAACAGGCCACUGCAGAUCAGUGGUAUGGGCCAGGACCAAGCCUCCGCCCCCAAAACGUAACAAGCUGGCGGGAUGGUGGGGGCCGGGCAUUGGCACCCACCCUGGCUGGGGAGGCAGUUGCGGAGGGCGGUGCUGGGGGAGCUAUGGUGAUGGAGGGUGCUGCUGGGGCCCCUCACAUCCCACAGCAGAAUGCAUCUUCUCAUGGGCCGCCUAGAACUUCCCCAACCGGCAACCCCGCACUUCCCCUCCCCCAGCCACCCAUUGGCCCGCAGUUCCAGGCUUACAGAGGCAUCAUGCCUCCCUUCAUGUAUCCACCAUACCUGCCCUUCCCACCCCCUUAUGGUCCACAGGGACCUUACAGGUACCCACCCCCAAAUGAGGCCCCUAGGUUUUCUCGGUCCCAGGGUGGAGUAGGGCCAGAAGGGCGGCCCCCUGGAGGUCCCCGGGGUGAAGUGGUAAAACGUCCAUCCAUCCUCAAACAGGAUGACCUGAAGGAGCUGGAUGAGCUGGACCAUGAUGGAGAUGAGGGCUGGGCUGGAGCACAGGAGGAAAUAGACUACUCCGCAAAGUUGAAGUUCAGCGAUGAUGAAGGAGAGGAUGAUGGGGAAGAGGAACGGACUGAAAACAAAAAUGGAACCCGGGAGUCAAGGGAGCAGCAGAGAUCCCAAGAUGGACCUGCACCUGUGUCACGUUCCCGGGCAUCCGACAGUGGAGGGGAUUCACGCCGCACCCCUCCUUCCUCUGGUGAAGAUCGCUCCGCGUCCCCCUCCAGCAAGCCAGGCUGGGCCGAGGAGGGUGGAAGCAGCUGGAGCACUCAAGCAAAUGCAGGAUCUUAUCAGGGGCGUAGACCUGGACUAGGUGGCCCAAGGGAGCAGCCCUCCCCCCCACCAGGUCCGCUUCUUGGACAAGGGCCCUACUCCUACUACCGCCAGGACCGGCCUUCAAACCAGUCGCCAGUCUCAGGCCCCAUCCUAGCCCCCCAGAAGCCCAGUGGUGCCCAGGCACAGCAGCAGGCGGGGGCAUUGCCUGGUGGGCCGACCCCUCCUCCCUCCAACACCCUGCAUCCCCAGCAACAGGGUGAGGAUGAGGAUGAGACAUGGCGGCAACGGAGGAAGCAGUCGUCGACCGAGAUCUCUGCUGCAGUAGAGCGUGCCCGUCGGAGGCGUGAAGAGGAGGAGCGGAGGAUGCAGGAGGAGCGCCGUGCUGCAUGUGCAGAGAAGCUGAAAAGACUUGAUGAAAAACAGCAGCAGCAACAGACUAUAAAACCCAGCAGCCCCAGUGAUGCUCUGACCAACAGUCCAAGUCCUUCCUUGUCUGCACCUGGUUCAUCUCCCAAUGUCAGUCAGCCACCAUCACCCUGUGUGGACACUGAAGAACCUCCUCUAUCAUCCGCUCAGGGAAGCGGUGCAACACUAGGGUUGAAUAUUAAUAACAGACAGCGGGCUGGCAGCAACAGCAGCCAUGACUCCAACACUGAGUCUCAGCAGGCUCUGCAGCCUCAACCCACCCAGCAUCCACAAACCCUGGAUGUCCCAGUGCCUGGUGAUGCCAAGGAGGAACCUGUGGUGCAUAUCCGCACUAGAGGUGGAGAAGACGCAGUGAAGGUGGUUGAAAAUGUCGGUGGAACAGGGCGGCAAGGAAGUGGUCCAUCUGGGCAGGGCUUUUCCAAGUAUCAAAAAUCACUUCCUCCUCGUUUUCAGAGGCAACAACAGGAACAACUUCUCAAACAGCAGCAGCAGUGGCAGCAGCAGCAGCAACAUAACCAGGUUGCCCAAAAUCAGCUCCAGUCCCAGCCUCAGAAUCAGCAGGGCCCGUCUCCAGGUGCCACACCACAGUCUGGGCCCAAACAGCCAACCCUUUACCCUCCUGGCUCAAUGGGACGUCCUCCACCUCUGCCUAUGAACUUUGAUCCCCGCUGGAUGAUGAUGCCCUACAUGGACCCCCGAAUAAUGCAGGGACGUCCCCCACCCAUGGACUACUACACUCCCAGCAUGCAUCCUUCUGGGAUGAUGAGUCGAGAGCGUUCUGAUUCAGGUGGCUCUGGGUCAGAUCCGUUUGAUAGGCAGCAGCAUGGUGCACCCCCUCAUCCACAUCGUGGCACACCUCCAAUAGAUCCCAAACUGGCUUGGGGAUCAGAUGUGUUUCCAGGGGGUACUGAGGGUCGAGGUCUAAGCUCCCCACUACGGCAGAAAGCUGUCGAGGAAGAGGAGGCUGGCAAAGGUCAAAGAAGUGACACUCCUCCAGUACUUUUGCGGGAGGGAGGCACCGCUCCCAUUCAGCCGCCCAGCUCUCCAUCUGGCUCAUCCAACCAAACCCCACCACCUCUUGGGAUUCAAGUUGGGGGCCAGGGUGCUAGCCACCAUGCCCAUCAUCAGCCCUUUAUGGGUGGGCGAGGAGGUUACAGUAACUACCCUGACAAUGGAUCCAGAAUGGGCUCCCACAUGCAGCAAAGGGCCAGCAGUGGAGGGACACUGCAUGGUUUUGGCCAUCAGGAGGGUAGCCAACAGAGCCAAAUCUGGGGGACUCCUCAUCCCCAUUAUGAUCGUAAUGGCCGUUCUGAUCACCCGGCCUUGGAGACUAAUUCGCAUCUCCAACACCACGGUCCUCCUGCUCACCCCCCUCAUUUCUCUCUUCAUCCUCAUAAGCAAGAGAAUGGCAGAGAGCGAGAAAAAGAGGGGGAGCCAAAAAAGAGUGACCCUUCACCUCCACUCCACCAGUUGUCCCUUUCCCCUUCCUGUUCAUCCUCAUCAUCUUCCUCAGCUAGAGAAGAUGGUAGUGGAAAACAGUCCUUACAUAAUCAGGUUCCACCACCAACUGAGCAUGAUACUGGACCUGCUCAUGCUUCAGGAAGGAAACAGGAGAAGAUGGGAAAUGUGCAGAAUCAGCCCCCACAGCAUUCUGUGCAGCAGCACCACCCUAAAGCCAACCCUCGCAGUCGUGAGCACAAAACUGAGACACACUGGGGCCCGAGGCCUGGUAGCAAUAGUGGGGGCUCAACCCAUAACAGAAAGGCUCCGGGCUCUGGAAUGAGUGGAAAUACUGAAGAAACCGCAAAUCAGGGGGCUGAGAGCAAAUCCUUUACUCAGUCAGAUGGCACCACAGGCAAGCGGGCAGGUCCUAUUAAGAGACCCGUACUUAAAGAGAUGAAAAGAGAGGGUGGUGAAGGAGGAGGAGAAAAGACCACUGGAGGCUCUGGUAAAGAUAAAGAACAAGAUACUAGCCAGACCGCAACCAAACAAGAACAGGCCUCCGGUGCUCAAGCCUCCUCAGCACUCGGUGGGAAAGAUGAUGCAGCCUCAUCAAAUAAACCCAGAACUGGUGGAAAGGAGCGAGGCAACACUGGGGGUACAGGUAAAGGAUCCAAAAAUGGAGAAAGCUCCAUCCAGAAUUCUGGCUCUUCAGCUCCACAGUCCAGGAGGGAAAGAGAACAUUCUGCUGAACGAGGAAGCACAACAUACCAUGCAUCUUCAUCUAGAGGUAGCCGAUCCAACCGUGGCCGAGGAGAGUUCUACGGCCGAGGCCGAGGCUACAGAGGCACUUACACUGGCAGUGCAGGUGGUGGCAGCCGUGGAAAAGCAGGUGGAAGAAGCAGCAGGGAUUAUAGAUCCGCUGCCAACAGUGGCUACCACCAUGGACCUUCUAAUCAAGAAUACAAGCGCGAGGCAUCGUCUGGCAGCGGUAGACAUGGACAUGGGGGCUCUCAGCCAAAUCCAGGACGCGCUAGGAACCGAAGCGAGACUCGAAGCGAAGGCUCUGAAUAUGAAGAGGUGCCAAAGAGGAGGAGGCAACGGGGAUCUGAAACUGGGAGCGAGAGUGCUGGUAGCGACCUUGCUCACUCUGACAAGGAAGACCGCAAGCCGAAUACCAAGACUGGCACCGUAGGAGAGAACCCUACAACAGGCCCUUCGUCAUCUUCAGCUCCAAUCCGAAACUCCCAGACAAGAGUAUUCACACCAAGGGGAGUGCCAUCUAGACGUGGCAGAGGUGGUGGUGGUGCUGGAGGAGGACUCCAUAGAAGCGGAGGCAGCGGAGGAGUGUCUGGUGGACAUAGGUCUGGGCCUGGCAUUGCUUCUCAUGGCUGGUCUGCAAAGUCUGCAACUGUGCGAAAGCAACAGACGUCCUCACAGCCAUCCCCUCCUAAAGAUUCAAGCCGUGGAGGCAAUGGUGACAAGAAGAAAGCUGCAGAGCAGAAUCAGUCUCAGAGUCAAAGUGCAAAUCCCUCCGCACCCAAUCCCUCUGUGCCUACUGCUGUCCAACAGGGGUCCACUGAGAAUGGAAGCGCUGGAGCCCCGCUGUCCUCAAGUAAUGCUCCGUCAAAUUCCACUGGCACUCCUAACCAGACUCUUCCUCUGUCUGCCCCCGACGGACGAAGUUUCCCUAACAGGGGAUUUGAGCGCCCCCCUCGUCGCAGACGCCAUGGACGAUCCCAGCAUCAGCAGGACAAGCCUCCCAGAUUCCGCAGACUUAAGCAAGAACGAGAGAAUGCAGCCCGUAUAAACGGAAGCAGUGGAAUUAUUGAAGUUGUAGGUGGACAACAGCAGCAGCCUGCUUCACCGUUGCAAGAAACCAAUAGCACUCCCACCACAGCAGCUGCAAAUGCAAACCACAGCGUGUCCGCAACUUCAAACAGUAAUAAUAACAGCAGCAACCUUGGGGGUGGAAACCAAAAUUUCAAUAGCCACCACCACCAUCACUACCAGAGCAACUCCCAGUCGCACCCUCAACACCAUCACAACCAUAACCCAGCUGGUGGCGCCAAAUCUCCAGAUGUCUCUAACCAGAACUCUGAUCAGGCCAACGAGGAAUGGGAAACAGCCUCCGAAAGCAGCGACUUCACCGAGUUUCGAGAACGAGAGGCUGGAGGAGGCGGUAAACCCUAUUCCUCCCACCACCAUCACCACCACCACCACCAUCCGUCGGGAAGAGGUGGUGGAGGCGGCGGUGGUGGCGAGAGGGAGAUGACCGCUAAAGAAUUGGCCACCAGCAAGAGAAGCUUCUCCAGUCAGCGCCCUGGAAUGGAAAGGCAGAACAGAAGGGUUAAUGCCGGUGGUGGUGGUGGUGGGGGUGGUGGCGGAAGAGGCCCCAGGGGUCCGCCCGGUGCUGGUGGUGGGCCGGUAGGUGGAGCUGGCAAUGGCGGGGGCAAUCGUGGUGAGAGGCGUGGCAACUGGCCCUCUCCCAAGAACAGGAAGUGAUGCUUUGGUUUUUUUUUUUUUUUUUUUUUUUUUUUUUUUUUAAUUUGGAAAUGUUUCAAAUGCAUCCCUCUAUCAUUGGCCAGUCUUUUCUAUAAAACCUCUUCCCCCUUAACAUGUUAACACUUUAUUAUCACAAAAAAAUUUAGUUACCAAGACCAUGAACACGUUCUAAUUCUUUUGGUUUAUAGCAUUUUGUCCCUUAAUUGGAAAUUCACACUUAAUGUCCUUCCACAAAUCCUAAACUCUACUUGAGAUUUUACAUACUACAUCCCAUUUUAAUGGAAAUAUUUCCUGACUGAAAAUGCAUUCGACCACAUGGCCCAUUUAUAUUCGCUUAAGCACAAAAUGACAUCAACCUAAGAAAGAUGUGCUUAGUUUGUGUAUGCUGGGCACGUUACGUGAAGAACUGUGGCUUGGUUGGUAUUAUGUACUUGUGUAUUCACAUCACACGUUGGAUUUUGGAAGUUGCUCUUUUAAUGAGAACAAAUGUAUCAUAGAUUUGUUUUCCCCCCUUUCUUGUGUUAUUAAUUUUCCAUUUCAACCUCUUAAAGUUGAGGAUAUCUUUUUUUCUCCUGCAAAGCAGGUCAUUAAAACGCAUUUUUAAAUAAAACCCUCUUCAUUUUUGGUUCAAACUCACAUACUACUAUGCCCACCAAGUAUCACACCAAUGCUCAGAAGUUAUUUGAGUUCACUGUAAUGCCCACUUUCAGAACUAUGUGGAGUAUUUUUCCUCAUGUUAAGUUAUAGGUCCUCUCUGCUCAUUGCUUUGGAUUUUCAAAUAGUUUUAUUAGCUGUUUUGGCCUCCGCAUGGAAAUGUAGUCUAAUAGUGCACAUUAUACGUGUUUAUAUUAUUAGACGGUGAUCUUAAGUGAAGGUCCUUUAAAAGUUCCUCUUUGUGGAUCACAUCGUGUUAAGGUUGUUUCUGUUGUGAGCAAAUCACAUGACUCUUAGCUUUAGUGUCAGAUCCUCAUUAGAUUUUUUUUGAGAACAUCCGUUAAAGAUUUUCUUUUGUCUUGCACUUACGUUAAGCCAGUAAACUCCAAAACUCUCCUUUAGAAUAAAGAUCGUUCAUUGUUUUUUUUUCUUUCUCCUCCAAAUGAAUAGCUGUAUAUUGGGCAUCUUAUAGGUGUCAUACUGCAGUUCCAGGUUAUUGAACAUGACGAGUAUUGUGCUACAGUUCUAGUGAGUGUAGAGAAUCACUCUUUGACUACCCUCUGCGUUGUAAAUUCCCUUUUUUUUUUUUUUUUUUUUUUUUUUUUUUUUUUUUUUUUUUUUUUUUCAAUGAGACCUACACAAGCUCUUCCUCCAGUGUGUAUUUCCAAAGUCCCCACUCUCCCAAAACAUGUCUCAGAACUAUGAGCGGCUGCUCACAACCUUUGGACUGAUCUUCAAUUUACCAGUCAUCUCAUUGAGACACAAGUCAAUGCCAAGGAGUCCGUGGCCCUUUUUGAGUAGUGUUAAAAAAAUGAGACAUUGGUUCAAUGUGCAAUAUGCCUGAUGUCAAACAAAACCUGCCCAUCCAGGGAGCCUGAGCCCAGGUUAACAAGAAACCACACAUGCUUGGCGUCUAAAACGAAACGGAUCAAAGCAUUGUUCCCUCCUCAUUUUGACCAGCAUCUGUAUCCUAAUGGUGUAAGUUGGGGUUUGUUUGUUUUCUGGGAAUGCCUUGGUCUAAUGAAUAGCUUUGAAAUAAUAAGUAGGGCUUUCAAAUGAAAUGUAUGUGUGAGUAGGGCAUUUAAAAAGUAUGUGUGAAUUUAUAUCUGAUCUCUACAUGUAACGUGUUCUUUUGAGGAUAGGACGCUUUAUUGAAAGGCGAACACGAGUCCCAAUUGCCCACCUUUUCUGACACUAUUAGGAUGUUUAUUUUACCUAGGAUAUUUCAUUAUAUACAUUCAAGUGUGUGUAUAUGUUAAUCCAAAUGAAGUGCAGUGGAAAAAAAUGUUAAAUCGCUAUAUAUAUUUUUUUCCUACCUACUAAGGAAAAGAACUAAAAUGGGUUUAUUUUACUUUUCUUGCAGACGUUUUUACCAAGCAUGGUUUCGUCCUCAGAUACAGCUUGGUCCGUCUAUUCGUUGGAAGCCGUUCUCCCAUCGGCUUCCAGUGCUGUUUAUCAUCCCUCUUAAACUGAAACCAUUGAUGUGGUCACAUUAUAUGUACCAAUAUUGAGUAAAAAUGAAUAGAAAUGUGUAUUCCUUGAAAUACUCAGAGAUUGUAUUAUACUUCUAACUAUACCAAGGUACCUGAAGUUGUUACUGCUGUCCUAGCAUCUAUGGCUUAUUAUUGGAACCUUGAUAUACACACAUGUAUGUAUAUUGGUAUGCAUCUCAGUUUGUCCGCCCCAACUUACAUUCCCACACACAAUUGUUGCCAUUUUUAAGUUCAAGGGAGCAAUGUACAAGCAGAGAAGUGUCUUAUUAUAAUAAAAAGUAUACAGAGAAAAAGUUAAAUAAAAAUCUUUUGUUUUAAUGGAA